ACUUAAGGAAUAAUGUUCAACGGAAGAGAACAGACCCUUGCAAAUCAUUUCUAGAGAUUAGACACGAGCGUGCCACUUUGCUUUGCCACUGGAUGUUCGUCUUCAGUUCUGGCUCCCCACUGUUCAGUUCAUCUUGCAAGCUGAGAGGCUCAUCGCACCAUGGCGUCCGAAGGGUGCAGUAUCAAUGCCAGGACAGUUCUUUGGUAUUUGAUAUUUAUUGGUACAGCAGUUAAUUACAUGAUCCGCACCAACAUCAACAUUGCUAUAGUAGACAUGGUAAUGAGGCGGCCAUCAAAUCCUCUGAGUAAUGCUACUAAUAUUGUCAGUGAAUGUUUCAACCAUGAUGACGUAUCUGGUUCAGAAUCUGCAUCAAACAGCAGCAGCUCUUCACCAAACAAAAUUGAUGAUGGACAUACUCGAUAUGAUUGGGAUGAGUAUCAGCAAGGCAUGAUCCUUGGGGGCUUUUUUUCUUGUUACUGGUCAUCUCAAGUUCUUGGUGGAGUCUUAGCCCAAAAAUUUGGAACAAAGAAAGUGUUUGGGCUGUGCACAUUGGCUAUUUGCCUACUUUCUAUAUUGAUUCCAGUGGCUGCAACCAUUGAUUAUAGAGCUGUUGUAGUAAUCAGAUGCAUGCAGGGAUAUUUUGGGGGCCAUGCACUACCUUCAUUGCACUGCAUGACUGCUAACUGGAUACCUCCAAAUGAAAGAAGCAAGUUUGUCACUGCGUAUGUAGGUAGCUCUGUGGGGGCUGCUCUUACCUACCCUGUGUGUGGUCUCCUCAUUGCGUGGUUUGGUUGGCCUGCUGCAUUCUACAGCACAGGGGGACUAGGGAUAGUAUGGUUUGUAGCCUGGAUGUUCCUUACGUAUGACACACCUGCCAAACAUCCACGUAUUAGUGAAGAUGAGAGAGAAUAUAUAGCAACAAGUUUAGGGAAGACUAUUGUCAAGAGAAAACCACCAAUUCCAUGGGGUAAAAUUCUAACAUCAAAAGCCUUCAUGAUGUGUGUUAUUGCUCACUGGUCCAUUAAUUGCGGGCAGUUCACUUUGUUGACUCAUGCACCCAUAUUCUUCAAAUACAUCUAUGGGUGGGAUGUAAAGAAGGCUGGUGUUCUCUCUGGAGUGCCUCAUGCUUGCAGGAUGAUGUUUGCAUUCCUUAUUUCUGCCAUCUGUGAUUACAUGUUAGUAAAAGAAGUUACUUCAAGGACAAAUGUACGAAAAUUUGCAAAUUUUGUCUCCUGUGCUUGCCAGGGAAUUAUGAUGCUGGCCCUGGCAUUUUGUGGAUGUAAUGCAAUUGCUGCAGUUAUUUGCAUUGCAGCUGCCACAGGCUUUAGUGGUGGACAAAGUUCUGGACCACUUGCUACCUAUGUUGACCUAUCUCCCAACUAUGCAAGUGUAACAUAUGGCAUAAGCAACAUGGUUAGUGCUACUCCAGGAUUUUUAGCACCAAUAAUUGUCAGUACACUUACGUACCAGAAUCAAACAUUUGGUCAGUGGCAGAAGGUGUGGCUGCUGAUUGCAAUAAUCUUGAUGAUAGCUGGAGUCCUUGCCCUUUUCCUUACUGAUGCCACACUUCAGCCUUGGAACACACCUGAGACAGAAGGAGCUGAGCUGAAAAACCUUGACAAUCAGUAUGAUGAGAAAGGGAAUCCAAUAAAUGAUGUAAAUGUUAUUGUGAAAGAAAGGAAAGCUAGUUUAAUUGUUGACUGAACAUUUGACCUAUAACAAUUCCGUGAAAAACUGAGGACUGUUUUUCAAUAUUGAAUUGUAACCUGUGGUAAUUAUAUUGUAGCAUGCCAGUUUUCUGCACUGUGCAUUACUGUACUAUAUCCAUGAGCACAAGACAGCAAAUAUUUCCUUUUUUGAGGAAAAUGUUUUGUUUUGUAUCAUCUGUAAUGUUUAGGUGCUUACAAUAAUCAUGUGUAAAAUGCAUCAGUAUUGUUUGUUUGUUAGUGUUCAAUGUGUCAUACUCAUUCAGUUUUAAAGGUGUAAGAUACCCAUGUUCCUACAGUGCUUAGUUCUUUGUUAUAUGGAUAAAUACAUGUCCUUAUUAAUGGCUCUCAAUACAGAUAAUUAUCAGUUUAUUGUUAGUAAUAUAAAUUUUCUAUACUGUAAUUGUGUGCAUGUAUUUUAUCCUGACCCUUUCAUGCCUAACAUAAUGAAAGGUACAAUAAAUACGGCAGCACACCCAUGAAACAUGUGUAACAUACA